AUGGACACUGACGAGUAUUCAGACAACGAACCUAUUGUGCUUGGACUUCCACCUCCAUCGCCGCCGGCCCUCAUAGACUUGAGCUCUGCAUUCCAAUCCCCUUCCCACGUUACUCAGACCCCAUCCCGAAAGCGUCGACGAGUGGAACAGGAACCUCGAAAGCCACGUGCUGCUCCAAUCUUGAGCUAUGACAUUGACGAACCAGAAUCCGAAUCGGAGUUGGGUGUCUUUUGGAAUCAAGCUGCCGAUGACCUCCUGAGAGGUAGUCAGCCUGGUUGGAAUACACCGUCUCGAGCACGUCUUCACCUUGAAGAAAUCACAAGCUCUAACUCAGACAAUGACAACAACACAUCAACUGCCGACACUGCAGGAUAUUCGGUGUUCUGCGAAUUGAUAUUGGAGGACAGGGGAGCUUUCUUCCAGAUCACACGAGAUCUCUUUGUUUCAAACGGCUGGGAUCCAGAGAGGAAGAGUUUGAAGCGUUCCGUAAUUGGUGAUGCCGAAGUUAUUGUCUGUCAAUGUCCUCUUGCUCGGGUCAACGACAAUGGAGUCUGCGUACACACCCGGUUCCUCCAGGAGGAAGGUCAUGAACACUUCUCGGACGGUGGUGUCAAUGAGGAAGAUGCUUUGGAUGCCAUCCUCUUCUCGCGUCAAGAGACCGGAGAUGAUACCUGGCUCAACAUCUUCUCCUGCCGGCCUCAAGCCUCGAGUACUUUGAACAGCCGGGUUAUUGUGCAGCAUACAGGAGAGAAUGCCAGGGGUGGAUCUUGGUCCUGCUCGAAGGAUAUCGGAAUGGGAUCGUGUGUUCAUAUCCACAAGUGCAGGGACUUGCUGCAGCAGUUGAUAAUUACGGAUCCCGAAGCAAGAUACGAGGUCCAGGACAGGACUGUGAACGAUACUGUUCACUGGAAUCACCUCAACUACCGACGAGGGGCAACGGUUCAACGAGCUGUGUCGUACCUCCCAGUUCACGCGCCUCCCUGGGCCACCUUGCCAUCUGAUCCCGUCCUGUACCAACACUCGAAGCCCGCACCACCCCCGAGCCUCCUCCCUCUCAACGACACCUCCUCGUGCUCGUGUGCUCAGCCACGACAGCGCUUCCAAAGCCACAUCCCACGGAUUUCCCAGUCUUGUACUGUGUACGGACUUUCAUUGUCCUGGACAACAACAAUCGAGUUGCAGAAGUGCCCAAAUCCCCGCUGUUCCCAUCGUCUUGUGGGUCCCGAUUGUCGGGAAUUCAGGAUAUUCAAUUACAACAAUCAGCGCCUCUUCACACACGAAGUUCUCGACGAAUACACAUCUGCCUACACAUCCUCUGAGACGCCGUUUUCAGCCUGGGUGUCUGUAGUGUCGCGGCGCUACAGUCUCAAUGACAGUACAAAUCCUUUCCCUAGCGCGGACACUUUUCGUUCCGCGUGGUUUCUUUAUGUUGCUCUCCAGCAUCUUGAUGACAGUAUGACGUGUCCUCGUUGCGGUCCUAGCCCCGAAACCACAAUCUGGGACGGUGUUACCCUUGCGUUCAACAAAAAACAUCUACUUCCUACCCUCGAACCUCCCACAGUCAGCCAACCUUCGUCGCACGAGCGCCACACAACACGAUAUCUUGGAAAUCAGCAAUUGUUAUCGACAGCAAAGCUGCGACGUUCAAUUCGGACCGUGCUGACCGGCCCCCCUCUGACGAAAACGGAACUAGACAAGAUUCUGUCAUCUAUCCCGACGGCGGAAAGCGAAGAUGAGGAGGAGGAUGAAGACAACGAGGACGAGGCUAAUGCGGCGCCGGUUCUGAAUCCUCGUGGGAAGAAGGCGCUUGAGAAGGCGCGGAAAGCAUUUGCAGACAGGGUGGAUAUGCUACCAGUGGUUGUCGAGGGUCUCGAACGAGUCGAUGAAGCACUGGCAAGACUAUUCAAUAAACAGUUUGGCGAACACACAGUCUUGAAUGCUCGACCAGCCCCGGAUGUGUAUCGCCGCUUUUUCAUACAGAUCGCUGCCGAGGAAUCUGUCCUCCAAUUUGCAACACAUUCGGCCCUUGAUGCACUGCAAAAAUUCGUGGAUCGACCUAGCCUUUCAACAGGCUCUGCUUUGACAGAGAUCCCGGCCAUCCACGAGCUCAUUUCCCAUGAGCGUCACAUUUCUGACGACUUGCACCUGAUCAGCCAAUGGCUUUUAUGGAGAGGUCGCGCCAUAUACAAUGCGUUGGUGAAGGAGCCCGUCAACUUACCCACAGUGCAGUCCGGGGACGAAAAACCAUGGGCCGAGACCGGCUGUCAUUAUGGCUUGCCUAAGAUUCGUGACCGUCCUCGGUAUCCGAAGCUCAAAUAUGACGCGAGCAAUGAAGUGGGCGGAAAGCGAGGCGCAAAAUGCUCAAAGUUCUACUCACAGUACGGAGAACGGCGCCUGACAGGGGGCAUCAUGUGUGUCUGGUGCACCCAUAGUGUCUGCUAUGGUUUCCAUUGUAUUCCCAAGGGAGAAGGACGAAACGAUGUGUUUUCAGCAUUGAUCACUCGAUGGGAAACGGCGCCAAAAAGAGUCAUCUAUGACUUUGCCUGUGCGCUCGGGCCGUAUUGCAUGACACGCGAGCCAACCUUUUUUGCCAAUACUCAAUUCCUCAUUGACGACUUCCAUUCGGUUGGCCACACCAAGUGUUCCGAAGCUGCGUUCCUGAAGACUUAUUGCCGGGUGGAUCCAAGACUGUCACGAAUCAACUCAAGUGCCGGGGAAUGCGGGAACAGUGGCCUUGGCCGGAUACGAAAGUCAGUCAGUUAUAUGUCUCAAAGUCGCGCCAUCUUGUAUACGCGAGUUUUCUUAUGCAUCUGGAAUCGGUUACGCAUCAGAAAGUUGACUGGAUGCAAGUAGUAAACAAUAGGAGAACAAGUAGACUUUAAUUGGAAUGGCAAGUCACUUCGCUACGAUGAGAAUCUGCCCAAGAAUUCGCCCAGUCUGGCAAUGGCUGGACUUAGACAGCGGUCAUCUGCUGGUAGUUCCAGAACCCAGCAAAAUCCUGCUGAAUAGUCUUGAAAAGACACCAAGCAGCAACAUUCCGAAGGAUCACGAAUAAAAGAGACUCUGAAGUGAGGACUCUGGUGCUGAGUUGUGUGAUACACCUAAAUGCGUGCAUGCCAAGUCCAUUGAAUGCCCGAGGCCCAGUUUGAGCCUCUCUGGCACUGGCACAGAGGUCCUCCAGAGUGCGAUGAGGGCAGCGAGGAUUCGCGGAAUGUGUUCAAUGGGGCAGAGACGGCAGGAAUGAGGCGAGCGCGUCGGAAGGGGAGGAGGGCAGCGAGAAGUCGCGGACGAUGUAUCGAGGUGACGGGGCAGCGGGAGUCCGCCGAACAGGGUGAAAGGGGGGAGGGCAGCGAGAAGUCGCGGACGAUGUAUCGAGGUGACGGGGCAGCGGGAGUCCGCCGAACAGGGUGAAAGGGGAGGAGGGCAGCGAGAAGUCGCGGACGAUGUAUCGAGGUGACGGGGCAGCGGGAGUCCGCCGAACAGGGUGAAAGGGGGGAGGGCAGCGAGAAGUCGCAGACGGCGCGCAAAUGGGCAGAGACGGCGGGAAUCCGCCGAGUCCGCCACUAUAAGACGGUGUCGCCGUGUCGGGCAGCGAGGACCCGCCGAGACCCGCAAAAAUGGCCCAUGAGAGUCAGCGAAAAGUCGCAGCAAGAUCU